GUGUGAAGUAAGCAAUUUGUUCUCAUUUGAUACGAAUAGCAAAAGGACAACUUUAUGUCUAACUUAUUUGAGUUCAUUAUUCGACUUUCAAUUACGUUAACUAUAUGAAACCCAUACAGAAAUUAGCCUGUGAACCAUAAGACACAGGCUUAAAUAAUUUGAUUGAAACGUUACAGAUGAUAUUGUUUUUCUCUUAAGGGCAGGACUCCAACACUGAAGGUGGAAAGCAACAAAAAGAACAAGACAAAGAGGAGGAAAGGGAAGAUGAAAGACCGACUUCAAGAAUUAAAGCAACGAACAAAGGAAAUAGAACUUUCUAGAGACAGGCAUGUGUCGACUACAGAAGCAGAAGAACAAGGGGUGUUUUUGCAGCAAGCUGUUAUUUAUGAAAAAGAGCCUGUAGCUGAGAGACACCUACAUGAGAUCCAAAAAUUACAGGACAGUAUUAACAAUUUGACAGAUGAUGUUCAAAAAUUUGGGCAACAACAGAGAAGUCUGGUGGCUUCAAUGAGAAGGUUUAGUCUACUUAAGAGAGAGUCUAGCAUUACAAAGGAGAUAAAAACCCAAGCAGAACACAUUAACAGAGGUUUGGAUGAUUUAGUAAAAGAAGUUAGAAAGUCAGAGGCUGAAAAUGGUCCAUCAUCAGUGGUGACAAGGAUACUUAAAUCUCAGCAUGCUGUGAUGUUCCGCCAAUUUCAGAAAACUAUGUUUACAUACAAUGACACAAUAGCAGCAAAGCAAGAGAAGUGCAAGACAUUUAUUUUCCGUCAACUUGAAGUUGCUGGAAAAGAAAUGCCUGAAGAAGAAGUAAAUGAUAUGCUUUAUCAAGGAAAAUGGGAAGUUUUUAAUGAAAGCUUACUUACAGAAAUCACUAUCACUAAAGCACAACUCGCAGAGAUAGAACAGAGACACAAGGAACUUGUUAAUUUGGAGAACCAAAUAAAGGAUUUAAGGGACCUUUUCAUUCAGAUAUCUCUUUUAGUAGAGGAACAAGGAGAAAGCAUCAACAAUAUUGAAAUGAUAGUGAACAGUACAAAAGAAUAUGUUAACACUACUAAGGAGAAAUUUGGACUAGCUGUAAAAUACAAAAAAAGAAAUCCUUGUAAGGUACUGUGUUGUUGGUGUUGUCCAUGCUGUAGCUCAAAAUAAAGAAGCUAUUUUA